GUUACUCGGGGUUAGGUUCUAGGUUUGGGUCAGAGUUUUUCUUUUCUUGGGAGUGAGUUUUGGGUUUAGAUCUGCAUUUUAGGCUUUGGUAGAUCAGAGCUGGGCUUGGAUCAUGAUUUUACAUUCUCCAUUAGUUAAAGUAGGUUGCUGGCUAGGAGGAUAUUGAGUGACAGUGCAUGCGACUGAGUUUAAUGGAAACAUGGUUGGGAGGGGUGGAAGUACGGGGCUGGAUAAGGGGCAUGGACUUGCCAUCUUCCCUGGUCUUGGCAGCAAAGACAAAUGCUUUCAAGCAUCCAGCAUUCCAGAUCCCGUCCAGAGAAACCAGCAGAUUCUUUUGCAGCAACCAUUACCACCCCGUGUUGCACCCAAUAGUCUACUGCCCGGACACACAUGCAUCAUUCGUUUGAACCAGCACCAAGCUGCUCCUCUGCCUGGUGGGGGUGCUGCAAUGUCCACUGCAGCCAUUGCCCGGCCGCAUGUGCCUUCAAGUGCAACUAAUUCUGCUGUGGGUGGACUGGUUUUUGGUGCUGGUUCUUCGGACUCGUUUUAAGGCCUUAUUUUGGGCAGUUUAAGGUUGAACUUUACACCAACUACAGGGACUGAGCAAACCAUUAUGGAUGUUUGUGCAAAGUUUUUGUAGCCCAAGGAAGAAUUCUGGCCAGAUUUUGAGUCUAAAAAUCUGUAGCACAUCAGAUUUUUAAGUUAUGCAAUGAGCACAUUGGAGGGACGUACCCCCUGAAUGUGAAGAUGAAUUGAAGCCUAAAGUUGGCAUGUUUUUAUUGGUCUGAAUAUGGAUGAGACUUUUAUAAAAGGGAACAACGGACCUAAGAAAGAGAGGCUUGAAGACGGAAGAAGAAAUGGAGAAUAGCGAU